AUGAAGUACGUGGUAGGUAGCAUCAAGAUUGAACAGGUAGAAAAGGGAAAAAUAAACAAGAUAUACAUACCAAGGACUUCUGGGCUGGAUCCCUCGGAGUUUGUGCUCGUGGAUGGAAAGUAUGCUUUCAAAUUUGAGUUUACAAACGAACGCAAUGCUCAGCUGAGUAAGAUUCAGAGAGAGUUUCUGAAUAAAAGUGUUGGUAAGGAUGAAAUAAGUGUUAUGCAUUUGAAUGUCGUUGAAUGUGACCCGAUCUCUUUGCUCAAGCUUGACAUGGAGAUUAUCAAUCUGGAGAAGGUUGAUUUUGAUGCAAAGGAGCUUGUUGAGCAAUUCAAGAAUAUCUAUGUGUCUUUUCCAUUCAACAUCGACCAAAAGUUCUACUUAUAUGUUGGGGACCUGGGCUUUAAGGUGGUUGUUAGAGAGAUGUUUACCGCCUUGGAUAGGAGGUACGGGAUUCUUUUGAGGAACACGGAGGUCUUCAUCAACUCUGUCUCCGAAAGGCUGACUUUGUCCAACAAUGCCAGAGAGAACAUGCUGCUGGAUCCGAACUUCAACUUUGAGUCUCUUGGAAUUGGAGGAUUGAAGCAAGAGUUUGGAAAGAUGUUCAGAAGAGCAUUUGUGCAGAGGGCAUUUGACUCUGAUGUGAUCAGGAAGUUUGGGAUACCUCAUGUAAAGGGAAUAAUUCUUUAUGGGCCGCCUGGAACAGGAAAGACACUUAUAGCAAGGAAGCUUGGGUCUCUUCUCAAUGCCAGGCCCCCUAAGAUAGUGAAUGGGCCUGAGAUUCUUAACAAGUAUGUUGGACAAAGCGAAGAGAACAUCAGGAACUUGUUCAAGGAUGCAGAGGAGGAGUGGAAAGUAAAGAAAGAGGACAGUAAUCUUCACAUUAUAAUAUUUGACGAGAUUGAUGCUAUAUGCAGAAGAAGAGGAAAUAGCACUGGGACAGGUGUUGGAGACCAAGUAGUGAACCAGCUUCUUAGCAAGAUGGACGGGGUAGAGUCGAUAGAGAAUAUCCUGGUGAUUGGGAUGACCAACAGAUUAGACUUGAUAGAUGAGGCUCUACUUAGGCCUGGAAGAUUUGAAAUCCAUUUAGAAAUUUCUCUUCCUGACGAGGAAUCCAGGAUUGAGAUAUUUAGGAUACAUACUAAAACGAUGGAGAGUCAUGACUAUCUGGACAAGAAUGUUGAUCUGAAAAAAGUGGCCAAAUUGUCUAAGAACUAUACUGGGGCCGAGAUAACAGCAGUUGUCAAAAGCGCUGUAUCUUUUGCACUGGAAAGAAAAGUUCAUGGGGAAAGGGUUGAUGGAGAAAAGAUGAAUGUUGUUGGAGACAAGAAUAUUAAGGUCUAUAUGAAUGACUUCAUCCAGGCUCUAGAUGAGGUUAAACCUUCUUUCGGGAUAAACGAGUCGGAUUUCUGUAGGUUUGAAAAGACCUUCUAUGAGACGCCUAUAUUCACCCAAGGAAUUGAGCACGGUAAGAGCCUUCUCAAGAAGCUGAGAAAAACAAAUCUUUACAACACAUCCUCUCUACUUUUCUAUGGAAGUCCUGGAGUUGGUAAAACAACAUUGGCUGUGAAAGCUGCAAGGUCUUCAAUGUUUCCAUUCAUAAAGAUUAUCUCUCCAAGAGACAUUAUAGGGCUCAGUGAAUAUGAGAAGGUGAAUUACAUCAAAGGGAAAUUUAUGGAUGCAUACAAGUCUGAGGAGUCUAUAAUAAUACUAGACGACAUUGAAGGCCUUAUUGACUUUGUGAACAUAGGGCCCAGAUUUAGUAACGCUGUACUGCAGGCAUUGAAGAUAUUUAUCAAGGAGGAGGGCAGAAAAAAGAUGUUUGUGUUUGGAACAACCAGCUCUGUUGAAGUUGUGAGAGAGUGCGGUAUCUACGAAUGCUUCCAGUCUGCGUAUGAGGUGGAAAAGAUCGGAUUUCCCGACUACGAGAUUCUGUGUAAGCAAAACUCCAGCUUCUCGGAGAUACAGUACGAGGAGCCCAUGCCCAUUAAGCAGCUUCUUUCGCUUCUGGACGAGCCUGACAUUUCCCCUCAGUAA